AUGUCUGACGAAGAACAGUCCGCUAUUGUCUGUGACAACGGCUCUGGCAUGGUGAAGGCCGGCUUCUCCGGCGAUGAUGCGCCGCGCCAUGUGUUUCCAUCCAUUGUUGGCCGACCAAAGAACGAGCAAGCGAUGAUGGGAAGCGCCAGCAAGAAGCUUUUUGUUGGCGACGAGGCUCAAGCAAAGCGUGGCGUGCUUUCGCUCAAGUAUCCUAUCGAACACGGUAUCGUCACCAACUGGGAUGACAUGGAGAAGAUCUGGCAUCACACCUUCUACAAUGAGCUGCGCGUCAACCCGGAGUCACACAGCGUCCUACUAACAGAAGCCCCUAUGAACCCCAAG